GUCUCCUCGGAGAUUGGAUCCGUGUGUGUGGAGCUGUUCCCGGGUGUCAGCAGCAGUACACGAUCUGGGCGGGUUUGACACGAUUAGUUCCCGCCCUGAUCUCCUUCACUCACUCACAGGUUGAUAUUGUGAGACAUCAUAGCGCUCGCGGUCGCUCUGAUACAUUGUUACCAGUCGGUGGUGUUUGGCGGGUGAUUCUGAUACAUUGUAUCCGCUGAUGAUGGAGCGCUGGAGGGGGAGAGUCGCGUUGGUUACCGGAGCUUCUGUCGGGAUCGGAGCGGCUGUCGCUCGGGCUUUGGUCCAGCACGGUAUGAAGGUGGUCGGAUGCGCCAGAAGCGUGGACAAAAUCGAGAAGUUGGCAGCGGAGUGUCAGAGCGCAGGAUACAGCGGCAUGUUGAUCCCGUAUAAAUGUGAUCUGUGUAAUGAAGAUGAGAUUCUGUCCAUGUUCUCGGCUAUAAAGACUCUUCAUCAGGGUGUGGAUGUGUGCAUUAAUAAUGCAGGUCUGGCCCACAAUGAACCUCUGCUCAGUGGACACACAGAAGGCUGGAGGAAUAUGAUCGAUGUAAACAUUCUGGCUUUGGCCAUCUGUACGCGUGAAGCUUACCAGUCCAUGAAGGAGAGAGGUGUAGAUGACGGACACAUCAUCAACAUUAACAGUAUGGGCGGUCACAGGGUGAUCUCCAGCGCUGAUGCACACUUUUACUCUGCUACUAAAUUCGCCGUGACCGCUCUGACAGAAGGUUUGAGACAGGAGUUACUAGAGGCCAAAACACACAUUCGAGCCUCGUGUAUAUCACCAGGAAUAGUGGAAACUGAAUUUGCCUUCCGACUUCACAACAGUGAUCCAGAGCGAGCUGCAGCGGUUUAUGAGAGUAUAAAGUGUCUGAAAACAGAAGACGUGGCCAGUGCUGUUAUAUAUGUCCUCAGUGCACCUGCUCAUGUUCAGAUCGGUGACGUCCAAAUGCGGCCUGUAGAGCAGGUGCCAUAGAUCCAGAAGGGUGUAAGAGCAGAUUCAACACGAGUGAACACUGCGUCACCUGCUGGUGAAAAUGUGAAUAACAUAGUUUUAAAAGACUGUGAUUGCAGGGAAUUGGUUUGGGAUUCAGAUUCGGUUCAAAUCUGAGACUGUGGUGACCUGAAGAGACUGACAGAGGAGUCCGAGGUGAAGCAGAAAGUGAGAUCACCAAAUGCAUUUCAAUUUACAGAUCUACACAAUCUGCUGCUGGUACAAAUAAAAGGGGACAUUUUUUGCAUUUGAAAGAAAAACACUGGCACGAAAGAGAGAGAGAGAAGUUAAAGCGAGUGUUACAGCCUGAGAUGGUCGUGUGUGACCACAAACACCAGACUAAGAUGCCAUAAAUUGCACAACUCAUUUUUCUUUAUUAAUAGGUCAUACUGCAUAUAUAUCGCUUUGGGAGUGUGACAAUAACAAACAAUGUUGCUCAAUGCUGCUGAUGUUGAAGACUAAAUGAAUUAUUUCAUGUAGUUUCUCAUAUAAUUAGCAUGAAAUGAUGGAGCUACUGUAUCAUGCAUUCAUCUGAACUCGUGUGGUUUGUUGGAUGUGCUGGAAGAAUAACAUAAACAUCAUUUCAUUAUGACAGAAUCUGUUUGCUGCUGUCACACUCCUAUAUGAACCUGUUGGUUUUUAUUUUGAACCCGACUAAAAAGUCAAGCACUGACGAUUUUUAUCAUAGGAGUCUUUAGACGCUGAAGAAAUACUUGAUAUAAUGUCAUCUGUUUUUACUGAUUAAACAUAAUUAUUAUUAUUAAUUUUAGAUUUUUUUUUACACUUUAAGGGCAUGGCAUACGUUGGGUUAUAUUUAGUACUAAUGUACCUGUACUGUAAUUUUACAAAUGCUGAAGUUUUGAACAAUGUGUUCACAUUCAAUAUUUCGGUAACACUUUACAAUAAGGUUCAUUUGUUAACAUUAGUUAAUGUAUUACCUAGCAUGAACACACCAUGAGCACAAUAUUUGUUACAGUAUUUAUUAAUCUUUGUUAAUGUUAGUUAAUAGAAAUAAAGCUGUUCAUUGUUUGUUCACAGUGCAUUAACUAACGUUAACAAGAUUUUAAUAAAGUAGCCUAUAAUGAAAUUAACAUGAACAAAGAUUAAUAAAUGCUGUAUAAGUGCACUUCAUUAUUAGUUCAUGUUAACUAAUGUAGUUAACUAAUGUUAACUAAUGAACCUUAUUGUUAAGUGUUACCAAUAUUUCAAUUUGAUGACGCUUGUCAAGAAAAUGUCACAUUUCACCCCAAAAUCAGUAGACAUAAUUAUAUUAAACAAAGAAUAUUAAAACUUUUUAUAUUAGAUUAGCAUUUAAAUUGCAAAGUAUUUAUUUUAGAAUAGUAGUACAGUACUGUAAUGUAUGCUUAUUUGAAUGAUACAAAAAUAUUGUAUUACAACGAUAAUAUAUUACAGUCAUGAGAAAUAUUAUAACAAUAAACUAUUCAUGCAUACAUUAUGAUAAUGAGAUAAAUCUGCUUUAUUAUAAAAUUAUUGGUAACACUUUACAAUAAGGUUGUAUUAAUAAACAUGAGUAGAUGCAUUAACUAACAUGAACAAUAUCUAUUAUAACAAUAUAUAAACAAGUCUUGUUAAUGUUAGUUCAUGUUAAUACAGUUAAUUCAUGAUGCAUUAACUAAUAUUAACAAUUUAAACGCUUGUUUUUUUUGUAAAUGCUAAAAUUAGCACGAACUAAGAUUAAUAAAUGCUGUAGAAGUAUUGUUCAUUAUUAGUUAAUGUUAGCUAAUGCAUUAACUAAUUGUUAACAAAUACAACCUUAUUGUAACACGUUACCAAAAUAUAUUCUCUUUAAAAAAAUUCCUUUUUUAUUAUGGUGAAAAAAUUCUUUUUGAUUUUGGGGUCAAAUGUGUUUUAAAAAGUUUGCUGUGAGAUUUACACACUUAAGACUUUGGUCAGAAGUUUACUGCAGGGUGUAGACGACGAGUAAAGUCUCAAUCUGUGGGGAUUUUAAAAUGUACCUCUCUGAUCUUAUGUAUAAAUUAAUACAGAUUUUAGCCAAUGUUAACAUGAUUAUUUACACAUUAUUUGUGUUUUCAGCAUGAAUGAAUUAUGAAUUAGCAUGAAUUUAAUUUGAACAAAAUAAGAAACACAGACUGUAAGUUGAGGUGGUUUUGUUAUACGGAGUGUAAAGUUCACUGUUUGGACCUUGACAGUGUCUUAUCUCAUGUUGUUAAGUCAUCAAACGCAUAUUAAAGUUCAUAUCUUGAAAUCAAAAAUGUAUCCACAUGAGAAUAAAAAUGUGAUGGGCAACAUAAA